AUGAACAAAGAGCUUGGUACCCUCGUUGUCGUCGUUCUCAAAGCCAAGAAUCUUCCCGAUAAACACCUCAUAUACAAGCAGGACGUCUUCGCACAAGCCACCAUCCACGGUAAGACCAAGAAAACAGAGGUCGACGUUAAGGGCGGCCAGCAUCCCCUCUGGGAUGAAGAGCUGCGUUUCCCUAUCUUCAGGAGCACCUCCCAAGAGGACAGAACACUAGAGAUUUCAUGUUGGCGAAAGGAGCCUGGUGCCGAUGAAAUCAUCGGAAAGGGCAAAGUGGACAUCUCAGAGACGUUGCGCACGGGCGAAUUUGACGGUAAAUUUCUUGGCUUUCCUACAUAUAGCGUACUUACACCAAGUUCUGUAGAUUGGGUCCAACUCGAAGUUGAUCAGCUCUAUCGUGGAGAAAUCUAUCUCGAAAUGACCUACUUUGCAGCAGGUCCUGCCCCUUUGCAGCGCCGCCCCACCAAAAUGCUCAUUUCCGAGAGGCUGCAGCGUCAGACACAACCAUAUGCGUAUUCGAAUUUGAAGACACCGUCGAAGAUUCCAUCUACACCAAUCUCUCCUCCACAUACUCCGACAGCUCCUGCUCCUGUCAGAGCCAGCCUCGCCCCUGUGAUUCAGGCUGGACAACAUUUAAGUGCUCCCUCUAACCACAUGUCGCCACGGGGCUCUCCCCGCAGUUCGCCUCACACCUCGCCUCGAUCACGUAAUGACGCUCUUCCUCCAAUACCACAGGAACGUGUUGCUCCUGACAGCAUUCCGGAUAUGCUCCGACCUGGAAACCCGAAGUCGCAUGUACAUUACAGUGAGAAACCACAUCCGCCCGGAUACGGAGCGCAGGUUCGCUUGUCAUCCCCGCCUCCCCACUCACCGCAUCGAACCUCGAUGGUGGUGUCUCCUCAGUCUUCUCCCCCUUUCGCAUAUCCGGCCGCAUCCAGAUCUUACCCUCCUAGAGAUCAACCGUCUCCGGGGUUAGGCCAGCGUGCGCAUAAUCUCCUCUCAUCCGAGAAUCCUAUGCACAGCCGCUAUUCUGCAUCCCCUCCCCGUACACCUCCGCAUGCAUACGUACAUGCUACAGCCUCAUCACGACCUACACCACCAACUCGCGUUGACUCUUCGCAAAUUGUACAUCCCUUCAUAUACACCCACGCGCCUCCGCCUGCCAUGCCCGAGGUGGAGAUUACAAGCUCACCCGCUCUUACAGCGCGCUACUCCGCACCCUUGCCGCUACCCGACGAGCCGGAGGGUAUGCAUACGUCAACGCCGGGUCAUCCCCACCUAUGCCUGAGCAUCUCUGAACCACGCCGGCCAGCUCCUGCUCCUCGGCAUCUUGUUGUAGCCAACAGGAGAGACAGCGACGUCCAAGCAAAUGACGAGGAACUGGCCAAGAAGCUAGAGGAUGAAGAGAAAAGGCGCCAGCGGGAAGAGGCAGAGAGGGAGUGCGAGGACUUGGAGCUUGCGCUCAGAUUGGACUUGGAGCUAAACCUCCAGCACGACGAGGAGGUGGUGAGGACAGGGACCCGGAGCCCUGCAGGAUCUGCUCGCCCUAGAUCUAUCGAGUCACUUUCACCCACGCAGGUGCCUGGGUCAUGGUAA